AUGUCAGGCUAUUGGACAGGUUCAUUCGUUCAGGUGAUCAAAGCGUAUCGCAUUCUGUCGACGGACACUCCGACGUUGGUCGUGGAGGUGGCCUCCGAUCCGCCAGCAAUAUUUGAAUGGUUCUGCAAUGACAAAUCGGUGCAACAGGAUCGUCGACGCUUCCAAGCCCGUCAUGGACUGAACAUAACCACGUUAACUGUACACGAACCUGAGCAGGGCGUCUACAAGUGUACGGCACGAAAUCCGGCUGGAACCAGUACCAGUUAUGGAUAUAUAACUGUCAAUUGUGAGUUGACCUGUUUUCUCAAAGGGUUACAGACUACGGAGUAUGAGGGGGGGGAGGGGUGUUUGGGGGAACAGGGUGAUGUCAGGCUUCAUAUCUAUCUGCCGUUGUCGCAUUCCGGCAUGCCUGUCUCACUGGGAAAUGCCAAUGCAGUUUCAGCAGUUCCCGCAUUUAUUGUACCGGGCAGCCCCCUGAGUGGCAAAAUUGGCUCGCUAUGCUCAACGUAA